UUUCACAUCCAUAUAAUAUUUUCUUCUUCGUACAAAUUUAGCCUUCCCUCGUUUCUCCGACUCUCUCGUCGCCGACCAAAGCUUCUUCCGUGAAAAAUGGCUGUAACUUUCUCCGAUCUUCACAAUGAAAACGGACUCAAGUCCCUUGAUGAGUUUCUCUCUGGCAAGACUUUCAUCUCCGGUGAUGAGAUCACUAAAGAUGACGUGAAGGUUUUCGCCGCCGUUUUGGAGAAACCCGGUGAUGCCUUUCCCAAUGCCGGGAAGUGGUACGCGUCUGUCGAAUCCCAACUGGCGAAAAGCUUUCCGGGGAAAGCAGUUGGUGUGAGAUUCGGCGGUCAGGCUACUCCUGCAGACAUGUUUGUCAUUUAUGCCCCAGCCGGAGAUGAUGACGAUGAUUUGGAUCUUUUUGGUGACGAGACAGAGGAGGAGAAGAAGGCAGCCGAAGAGAGAGAGGCAGCCAAGAAGGAUACCAAGAAGAGCAAGGAGAGUGGAAAGUCCUCUGUGCUCAUGGAUGUGAAACCGUGGGAUGAUGAAACCGAUAUGAAGAAGCUUGAAGAGGCUGUUCGUAGCGUGGAGAUGCCCGGUCUCUUGUGGGGAGCCUCCAAAUUGGUUCCUGUGGGAUAUGGGAUAAAGAAGUUGCAGAUCAUGAUCACGAUUGUAGAUGAUCUUGUUUCGGUGGACGAGCUCAUCGAAGACAGCCUGACCGCCGAGCCCCGCAACGAGUACGUUCAGAGUGUGGACAUCGUCGCUUUCAACAAGAUCUAAGUGAGAGUAACUCAAAACUACUUUUAUCAGUUUUGUUUUGUUUUUCUUCUUGUUAUGUGCCAUUUGUGUUUUGCCCCUCCCCCUAUCUUUCAUCAACCAUUAUAGAAGUGUUACCUGUUGUCUUUGUUUUCUUUAAGUUGAGAAAGUAGUACUUUGCUUGAUUGGUCUCUCUCAAUGUUCUUCCUUCUGGAUAACAAGCGGAGUUCAUGGUUUUGAUUCGUUUAGGGUUUAAAUGGUUCCAUCCUCUGUUUAAUUAGAUAUGAUUUGUUCU